UAGAGCUCGACAUAGAGACAUCUAGGCCAUUUUUCGUUAGCAUUGAAAUAGCAUACAUUAACUUUUUAUUAUUAUCAAUCGUUUUUAAGAUAUUUGAUAACAGCGCAAAUUUGAAUUGAACUGUAAUUUACCUAUUUCUUUAAAAAAAAUAAAGAUCAUUCGAUCCAUAGAAAAACUAAAACAUUCGAUCAUUGGUCACCACUUCUUCUUCAUCAGUCAUUGUGAUGUCUGAUGUCAUUACUGUCAAUAAUUCUAACAUAGAACCCUUAUUAAGGGGUUACCGGCCACUCGCUCAGUUUCUGAUGAAUCUUUAAUGGCCUUCUUAAAAAAGAAGAAUUUUUAGCGGGCAUUUCAAUAACUUAAUUUCUAAAGCGAAUUUACAAUGUUGAAAAAUUAUUAAACCGAUUUUUUUGUUUUUUACAUGUAAUGAAUCAAUUAUCAAAUUUAAUAAACACAAUGCAAAAGCGUUUUCAAUCUACCUACAAAAUAAAUAGAAUAAACCAAGGGACUUGAGUUAUGUAUAAUAGGUAUAUUAUAUUAUCACCUAGGUACACUGGUAUACUUACAUAAGAAAUAACAUUAAUUCAUGUCAUUCACUUGAAUAUUGAUUAAUUUCCAAUCAAUAAUCAAUAUGUAUGAAUUGUUCUUUACUCUUUCGAGAAUCAUUGUCUACUUACCGUCGGAAAACAAUUUUGAAUUCUCAUCUAUAGUUCAUUUUUUAUCUCAAAUUUUACCGACUUUGCAAACGUGUAAUACUUAUCCUAAUUAAUUUACGACGAGAAAGUAAAAAAUAGCAAACAUCCUUUUGACUCUUUUUAAUGCCGUUGGCAAAGGAAACAGGUAUAAAUUAAUUAUAAUCUGUUGGUUGGAAACGUAAACAGGCAAUAUGUAGAUAAUGUGCGCGCGCUUAACGCGACCUGUACCAUUUUCGUCAUACAUUAAACUUUUUGUUAUAUUGCUUUCAAGUUAAUUAUAUCUUUAAGAAUAUAAUUAAUUUGUAAUGUAGCAUCCAAAUAAUUUAGUUAUGUGAUAAUUUGUUGCUAGUGAAAGAAUAUUUCAUCGAAAUGUUAUGAUUAAUAGAAGACAGUCGAUCGAAAAAUGGAAUAUUUUAUAUGGAAGAGAAGAGAAAUAUCUACCGUUGUUGCCGCCGGAAGAGUGGCUUGUCAUUAGACAAAAGUAGUUCCAGCAAAAUAUUGACAGUUUUUGAAUGUUUGUUACACAUUUUGAUUUUACUCGCCCAAGAUGGCUGCCGACGGAGUUUAUUUUUCUUGUGUGCCGCGUGUGAAUAUCAAAUAAAUUUGUUGUGGAUUAAUGUAACAUGUUUUUAGAAUAUUUUAUGAUUAUAUUAGAAAACUAAAAAUUGAUUAUAUACACUGGACUUUCCGUAAUCGGUUUACAAAUCUUGUGAAAUGCGUUUUAAUUUUGGAGGGCACAUAUCUCUGUGCCGCCGGAUACUGAACUUUUUGUUUUGACACUAUUAUUGGAUGAGAAUUCAUCGAAUUUCGUCAAGUUUAAGUUUAUUUAGGCAUGUGCGAACCUGGAGAAGUUUCCCAGCAAGUCUGGUCGGAUUGGUUUUUGGAGGCAAUUAGAAAAAUUCGUUCUCAAAAACAGAGACCUAGUGUAGAAAGAAUUUGUCAUGCUAUUAGACAACACCACAAUUACCAUGAGGACGUUAUUGGUGAACAGUUGGAAGCAGCUGUUAAAGAAGGGACCGUAUUAAAGGUUUUUAAUAAAGGCCAGAGUUCCUACAAAGAUCCAGGUGAUUUGCAAAAUCGUACUCUCAAAAUAGAGCAGGGUGUAGAUAUAACAAAAGUGGUAGCUAAAGCGGUUCGAGAAUUAGGUGAACGUGACGGUUCUUCUUUUAAAUCUAUUGAAAAACAUAUUAGGAAGUCUCAUUCGGUAGAAGAAAAUACUGAACAUGACUUAAAAGGUGCUAUUCGAAACGCCGUCAAACGAGCUUUAUCAAGAAAUAUUAUCCUGGAGAAUGGAAAAAAUUUUAAAUAUAAUUAUAAUCAUCAAAGUAUGGGUAUAAAAAGAAAACAUGAUGGCUCAAGGAAGUCCUCGAUUCAAGAAGAUUGCUCCAUGGCGCCAAAGAUUCCUACACCAUUACCUAUAUGUGCAGAAUGUCUUGGAACAGAGGCCAAAAAUCGAAAAGGCGUUUUUGAAAAGCUGAGUGCUUGUUCUGAAUGCGGUUCUAUGGUACAUAUAUCAUGUACUGCCAGUGAACCUGAAUUAUUAGCUCUACUAAUAAAAGGGGGCAAAUGGUUUUGUGAAGAAUGCAAGACCUGCGAUGGAUGUGGAAAUACUGGAGUAUCCAUGUGUCUAUUAUGUUGCUGUAGUUGUGAAAGAAUAUACCAUAUGGGAUGUUUAGAUCCUCCCGCAGAAAAGAAACCAAAGUGUCCAUGGAGAUGUAAGCAUUGUUUAAGUCAUCAUGGUAAUGUGACUUCAAAGAAAACUAACAAACCAGGAACUGGAGUCCGUAAAAAAAUUGAUAAAGUCCGUGAGAAAAUAAAAGAGAAAAAUCAAAGAUCUAAAGAAGUUCAACCUUCUACAACCCCUGCAACAGCAGCAGUGUCCUCUACAGCCAACAACAAGGCUUCAAAUCGCAAAAGUAGAGUUCCUCCCAUCAAUGAAAGUGAUAAAAGUGACAGCGAAAGUACAUCUAAUGCUACUCCUAGAAAAAUCAAAGAUGAACCUGAAUCUCAGGAAUCUGACGAAACCAGUGAUAAAAUGUCUAAAGAAAAACAAAAGUUCUUUAGAAGUUCGGCUUUUAAUUCUGACAAGAAAAAAGACGUUAAAAAUAAAUCUGAUAAAAGGGUUAAAGUAGAAAAAGAUGGAGUCUCUAAUAAUGAAAAAUCCAAACCAAAAAUGGUAGAAACCAAGAAUAAGAAAAACACCAAAGCUAAUAACGAUAAAACCAAAAAAGCUGUUUCUGCAGACACUAAGCCUGUUAAAAAAGAACCUUCACCAAAACCUGCAGAAUCAGAAGAUGACGAAGAUAGUGAGGAAAUGUCUUCAGAUGACAGUUCAACUUGUGCUUCAUGUUCCGAUUCGGACUCGGAUUCAUCAGUGGAUAACUCAGACACAAAAACCAGUAUGAGAAAUAUAAAAAUCCCGCAAAUGUUUAACACAAAACAAGAAAAACCAAAUACUUUUGGUGGUAUGGCUUCAGAUGAGGAUAAACCCUGGGGUUUUGCAGCCGCAGCAGCUGAGGCCAAGCAGAAAGAAACUAAACCAACAGAAUCUUCACCCCAAACUAAAAGCAAUGAAAAUCUCUUUAUCACCGUUCUAAAAGAGGAAGGAUUACUUAAUGAAAAUACUACAAAUACAGUUGCUUCUCCUGCAAAAAGUGACGAUUCAUCUGUUUCCGAUAAAUCUCUAAAGACUCCCGGUUUCGGUCAGUUAAAGGGUCUUUAUGAUGGAUUAUCGCACCUUUUUGCUGCCCCAUCCGAAUGUAGAGCAAGUAGGUCUACACCUAAUUACAACCCUAAUAGGAGAAAACCGAAAGAUAGUAAAGAAGAGGAUGGUCAAAGUGAAGAAACAAAGCCUGAUUCAACAAUAGAAAAAGAAGAUAAGAAGGAAAUUGAAGAUAAGAAAGUUUUAAAGCCACUUGAAGUUGUUACUAAGGUUCAAGCUCCUAAAGCACAGACCACUUCCAAGAACCAAGCAUCCCCUAAGGUUCAAGGAUCUCCCAAGGCUCAAGGGUCACCCAAAGCUCAAGGUUCUCCCAAGGCUCAAGGUUCUCCCAAAGUUCAAGGUUCUCCCAAAGUUCAAGGUUCUCCCAAGGUUCAAGAUUCUCCCAAGGUUCAAGGUUCUCCCAAGGUACAAGGUCCACCCAAAGUUGAAGAUUCUACCAAGGCUCCAGGAUCUUCCAAGGUUCAAGAAACUCAAAAGAUUCAAGGUUCUCCAACGACGCAAGGACAUCCAAAGGCCAAAGGUACUGUUGCCAAGAGCCAAGGAUCUUUCAAGGCUCAAGAUACUAUUGUCAAGGUUCAAGAUUCUCCCAAGACUGUUUCUAAACCGGGACCUAAACCGGAACCUAAACCGGAACCUAAACCGGAACUUAAACCGGAACCUAAACUGGAACCUAAGACGGAACCUAAAUCUGAGAUUAAAAAUGAACCAAAAGUGGAAAGUCCUACUUCGAUGACGCCGUCUAAUUUAGUGAAAACUGCUGUUAAUUCCAAGCAUCAUGAGAAAAGGAAGUUGAUCAAAUCAGAAGGGCAAGUGCCUGGAACACCUGAAACGCCGAGCAUGUCACUGUCUAAAACAGAAGGCGAACAAAAAAGUGUAAAGAAGAGGAAUCAUUCAAUGAUUAAUUCACCGGCUGUACCACCAUUUCAGAACAAUCCUAUAAUUGAUAUCAAGACUAUACAUUUAGCACCAGGCGUCACGCAUAAAGAUGUUGAACUAUUUAGAGAUACGAGAGAAAAGGCAGCUGCAACUACUGCUGCUCUUUUACCGAUUCCGGCGCCACCUAUACAGGAAGUAACUGCAGUACCAGCCCCAACUGGCCUGCCACUACCAGAAGUAAGAUGCCCUUCAGCUAUAGAAUUUGGAAAAUACGAGAUUCAGACCUGGUAUUCCAGCCCCUUUCCACAAGAGUAUGCACGAUUACCAAAAUUGUUCUUGUGUGAGUUUUGUUUAAAGUAUACAAAGAGCAAGGCAGUACUAGAGAGACAUCAAGACAAGUGUACUUGGAGACAUCCACCAGCCACAGAAAUCUACAGAUGCAAAGAUAUCUCAGUGUUCGAAGUGGAUGGCAAUGUGAAUAAAAUAUAUUGCCAAAAUUUGUGUCUGUUAGCUAAACUGUUUCUGGACCACAAAACUUUGUAUUAUGACGUGGAACCUUUUCUGUUUUAUGUUUUGACUAAGAAUGAUAAGAAAGGAAAUCAUUUAGUUGGCUAUUUUUCGAAAGAGAAACAUUGUGUACAAAAGUACAAUGUAUCUUGUAUUAUGACGAUGCCACAGUACCAGAGACAAGGGUUCGGCAGAUUUUUAAUAGAUUUUAGUUUUUUGCUUUCCAAAGAAGAAGGUCAACCAGGCACCCCAGAAAAACCCCUUUCUGACCUUGGUCGGGUCUCGUACUACGCUUAUUGGAAAUCUGUUAUUCUGGAGUAUCUACAUUCUCAUCGUACAGAAAAAAUUAAACUGACACAAAUCAGCAAAGAAACUGGAAUGUAUUGUCAAGAUAUCUCGCUGGCGUUUCAGUUGCUUGGAUUCAUAAAAUUGGUGCAGAUAGAUGAAGGAAACAAACCAAUUAUUUGUGUAGAUUGGGAGAAAGUCGAUAAUCACAUGGCAAAAGUAAACAAAUCAAUUACUAGAAUCCCAAUUGACCAUGAAUGCUUGCGCUGGACGCCGUUGGUUACGCAGUCAGUCGCCCAGCUAAUUGAACCAAGAUCUGAUGAGGAUGCUUCACCCAAAGAAACCGCAAAUAUAGUAGUACCUAUGCCCGAAAAAAUAAUAAUUGAAACUCCGGCUGGUGUGAAACUAAAGAGAGGCAAGAAAAGGAAAAUUUCUACUACACCACCGAGAUCACAGAAAGCCACAAAAGUUGACUGUAAAACUAUAUUAAAUACGUCCAUUGAAAUGACUAAUGAGGAAGUUGAAAUAACUUCAUCUGGUAGAAAAAGAACCAGACCAAGUAAAUUUAAUGAAACAACUUUCGAAGCUAAACCAAAAAUCGUCGAAACUCCUUGUAAUAAAAGAAAACAAUUGGACAAAAGCAGUCCUAAAAAGAAAGCCAAAGUUGAAUCCAGUUCCGAAAAAUCAGAAGACCCUGCUCCCCCUCCUGUUGAAGAUGCAGUUAAAACUCCGCAAAUACCAGAAUCUAAACCUGUAAGAGGAGGAAGAUCUGCUGCAAAUACACCAAAGCCAACCGAAAAAGAAAAAUUUGAAAAGAUUGAUGAACCACAAACACCUAAGAAUAAUCCAACUUCGAAGCCAAAGAGAGGUUCAGUUACCAAAGAAAGAGUUUUGGGCGAGCGGUGGUCUCAAAGAAGAGUGAAGAAACAACAAGAACUUAAAGAAAAAGAGAAAGUAAAAGAAAACAACAGUUCCAAAGUUCAAGAAACUACUACCACAACUACAACAACAGCAACAGAAGAUGAACCUGCUUUAAUUAAAGAAACGCCUAAAGCCACCAAAGAUCCAGAAGUUGUGGAAAACACAGUUGUUGAAAAUGUCGAUGCUUUAACCCCAUCAUUAUUAACUCCUCAGAGUAGUAAAUCAACACCUAGAAGAAGGAAGAAGCGUGGCGCUCCUAAAGGUAAACCAAGAAACACACCUGUGGCCAAACAACUGACUCUACCAGAAAUAAUCAAACAAAACCUUCAAAAGGACAGUGAGAGCGAAUCAUUAAUAUCUGAAAAAUCAGAUGAAGAAGCCACCAAGAAAUCACAACCUGCUCCAGUUACUCCAGAAAAGGAAAAACCUAAAAUCCGAAAGGAAGAAAAAAUCAAAAGAACCUCAAGGAUAUCUACUGAAGAAGAUUCUAGCGCGGAAGCAGAUGAUGAGAUGGAAAAUGACGAAUUACCCGUCCAAAAAGAAAUUUCUCCUGGAAGUAAAUUCAAAUACACAAAGACGACGCCGACAAAAGAAUCUGGCCAUAAAGAUGGUAAAACUAAAGUUGACGAAAAAGGAGAUAAUACAGAUAAAUCAAACUUUAAUCACUCACCAUCUUACACUACAACUUCAGAAUCUGAAAUGGAAAUUGAUGGACAGAAAAUAAAAACUAUAUCUCACAGGGAAGUUUUUAAAACAGGCAUACUUACAUCUCACAUUAAGCAAAUUGAUCCUUCUAUCAUACCACCUUUGCCUAAAGAACAGAAAGAAGAAGUAACACCGGUAGCCGAGGUCUUGAAGGAAGACAACUCAAACUCUGCAGAUGUUAUAGAUACUCCCGGGGAAUCCGGAAGGAAAUCAACUGAUAUGGAAAUUGAAAAAUUUGAAAAACCAAAUCCUUUUAAUAUCAUAGUUCGUAACGAAACUGCAGUUAUUGACAGUAUGGAAGACUCUAUUGACAAUUCCGUUGAAGCGAUUCAACAUUCCAACUCUUGUGAAACUACAGUGGAAAACCCCAUUGAUACGAGCUUAAUACCGCCAGUAGUAGAACAACUCAUUAAACCUGUGGAUGAUAAUUUUGAAGGAAUUCAGAACGAAUCUAUAGAAAAAUCUGUAAUACAAAAUAUUCCUAAUUUUUGCAAAUCAAUUCCCGACAAUUUAGUGUCUGUGGAGAAAUUGGAACAAAUAAUUGAAGAAAAUGGACAAAAGGGUCUGAUGAUUCAAGAAAAUCCUAACGAAAUAGGAAACGUUACCAAAAAAGUAGAUCAAUUGCAACAAAAGUCCAUCGAAAUGCCUAUACAUGAACCUAGGGAACUACAGAAACCUUUAGAAAUGCCUUAUGAAACAAUAAUUGCAGAUAUGCCUAUUCAAAAGAUUUCCAAUACCCCUGUUCAGAAUAUUUCAGAUAUACCGCUUCAAAAGCCAAUCGAGGAAAUUGUUCAAACAUUUACAGAUGUAUCUAUUCAAAAACCCACUGAACUGCCUCUUCAAACAUUUACAGAACCGCCUCUUCAAAAAUUUACAGAACCGCCUCUUCAAAAAUUUACAGAACCAUCUUUCCAAAAAUACACUGAACCGCCUAUCCAAAAAUUCGCAGAGGAACCCGUUCAAAAAUUUAUAGAGACUCCUAUUCAAAACUUUACAGAUGCGCCUGUACAGAAAUAUACAGCACCUCCUGUACAGAAAUUUACAGAACCACCUGUACAGAAACUUUCUGAAGUCCUUGUACAAAAAUGUACUGAAGUCCCUGUACAAAAAUUUACUGAUGUCCCUUUACAAAAAAUUACAGAAACUCCUGUACAAAAAUUUACAGAAACGCCUGUACAAAAAUUUACAGAAACUCCUGUACAAAAAUUUACAGAAACUCCUCUACAAAAAUUUAUAGAAACCCCAGUUCCAAAUAACAUGGAAAUUCCUUUAUCAAAAAUUGUUGAUAUCCCUGUGGAUAGGCCUCCAGAAGUGUUUGCUCAAAAAACCAUAGAAAUGCCAGUACAAAGACCUGCUCAGAUUUCAUCACACAUUUGUGCCAGUUCUGAAGAAAUGAAUCCGAGAAAAAACAGUGAAUCUGUCAUUCAGAAACAGGUACGCCAGACAUCCGAAAGAAAAACAAAUGUUGAACACGAAUCACAGAAAAAUCAAAAAUCGCAUAUCGAUAAAUACAAUUUGCCGACGGAAAGAACCUCUUUGGAAUACAAACAUUCAGUUGUUCAACCUUUACCUGUUGAUAAAUAUUCUGUUAAAGAUACUAAAAUUUGCUCCCAUCCAGAACCAAAAAUUUACGACCACCAAGAAAGUAAACCGAAAGUUGAACCCAAAAUAUCUCCUCCGAAACAAGAAUCAUCUAAAUCAGAAAGUAGAUCCAAGGACAAAUAUGAUGAAAAGAGAUACCAUCAAAAAUUACACGAAGAAAAAGCAAUGUACGACGCCCAACCAAAGAUGCACAUGGAUGAAAGCUUUCUUGCAAAUACAAUGGCCACAGAAAACUACAUGACUCAAGCUCAAUAUCACUGGCAGUGGGAAAGACUUUGGGGAAAUAGAUAUUAUGAUAACAAGAGAGAUUUUCAAGGGUAUCCGCAUCCUAUGCUCCACCAAUUUCCACCACUGGAAAUGUUACCAAAACAACCCACUUGUGAAAAAGAGAAACCCGUUUCAAAAUCCCAUAGAUACUCUUCAAGCCAAAGCAGCAGUAGUUCUAGCAGUAAAAUGAAGGAAACCAGCAGAAGUGAAAGAGAAAAACAUUCUUCUCCUAAAAAAGAAGAUAAAAAGUCGAAACAUGAACAGGAGUUGUGUUCUGCUUCUUCCAAAGGUGGUUUGGAAGAUCAUAUCAAGGCUUCUAGUUGCUCAUACGGCCAGAGUAUCCCUAAGCACAGUGUUUCAGUGCCUAAUGUAUCUGAGAGAAGUGAAAAGAGUAAAGAACGAAAAGAUCAAAAAUUAGAAGAAACUACAACACAGCAGCCUUUGCAACAACCCAUGAAACAGGCACAGUCUGUUCCUUCAGGGGCCGAGGUGCCGUCUAUGGGAGUCUACACCCCUGAUUCUACCACAAACUCUGUACAUAGUUUACAUUAUGGGCAUUGUGAAAUGGACGUAACUCAAUUAAAUUUAGAAUCGCCUGCUUCGAUUACUAGUGACGUUAAUUCUCAGAAUUCCGUGGAAAUCGUGCGACCUCCUCCGCCUGUUGUCCAAAAUGCUGCGCCUCAACCUAAUUAUGAUUGUUCCGUUCAACAUACGCUCCAGCAGAAUUUGCAAAAUACUGCUAUUGCCGCUACUAGCCCGACAAUCAACCAAGGCAAUAUACAAUUAGCUCCACAAGCUGCAGCUCCGCAAUUACACCAAAACUCUACAAGCAAACGUCAGGUUCAACAACAGCGUAACCGAACCAAUACUCCUUCCUCUUCGUCUACUAAACAACAUAGUAUGAGUAGAUCAACACCUCCUAGUGGCUCUCAACAGUCGCAACAGUCUAGGCAGAGGGCAACACCCCCUUGUAACACUCAACAGUUGCAGCAGAUGCAAGUUAGUCCUACUGCUCAACAUACUGCUAUGCAACAUCAACAUCAUAACUCUCAGCAGUUGCAGCCUCAUUUACAUCACCAAGUGGUCCAACAAAGCUACCAGUAUCAUUUAGGACCAUCCGCGGUCCAUCAACAUCAUGUUCAUCCGCAUGCAGUCAUUAGUCAAGCGAAUUACAUUCCUUUGGCUGUAACGACUCAAGCAUUUCCUUCGGCUACUAGUACCUGCGUUAACAUCCCCCCCAUGACAACUGUCAUCCAGCAUGGUAUUAGCUCUCAGCAAAAUGCUGCAAGCCCCUUGAAUUCCGUCGGUGGAGCCAAUCAGAAGUUAGCUUCUAGUCCUAGCUGUGCUGUUACGACAGGUACCAACUUUUAUAUCCAAACAAAUCCUCAUUCACACUCUUCGACGCCUUCUCCAUCCCAAAGAGGUGGAAAUACAGUACAACCGGCAGCAGCCAACGCCAGUUCCAGUAUAGCUAAGCUUCAGCAACUAACGAACGGUUUAGACAUGACGCCAGCCCCAUCGUGUCAAAUUAUGACUCCGCCUCCUGCUACGAUGACUUUAACCCCGCCUCCAACGCAUUUGCACGCGACUCCACCCCCUACUCAUCAAAUGGUACAAAAUCAAACUGUGCGCAAUUUGACUCCGCCCUCGUCCAUACCUCCUAACUUACAGCAACAAGUGUUGGGAUAUCACAAAUAUUAUCAGACUAACAUGAAUGUUAAUCAGCUGAGCGGUACGGUUACCCCUCCGAUUGGGCAGAAUUUAGGCAGGACCGGAAGGAAUUCUUCGAACGUUGCCGCCAUGCAACACAUGCAGACUUACAAUAUGAAUAGUUAUCCCAUGUCCGCACAGCAAACCCCUGGUGCCGUAACGAGUUACAUUAGCAACGCAGGUUUCAUAAAUAAUCAGAUACCGAUGCAAAUGAUGAAUAUGGCGCAGACGCAGUACCAGGAUCCGACAGCGUUGCAACGGGCCCAGCCACCAAUGUACAGGACUUAUAUUAACGGUAUUAUGCAACCAUUGAAUAGUACAAUGAGACGUUAAUGAGUAUUAAGUUAUACCUACCCGGUGAAGUUGGUUGUAUAUUGAACAAAGGACGCUGUAUUUUUUUUAUGCAAACGAGAAACCGUCCUAUGGCUAGAUUUGGACAUACAGAUCGGUAAAGUUAAAAAUCCCGAAGUCUUUAAAAUAGGCAGCACAAACCUAUCCAUCAAUAUUUUUGUAUUUGUGAAAGUUACUUUUUAAUAUAUGCAGCCAAAAUACAUACUUAACAAUCAAAAUAUGAAGUGAUUCACAAAAUAUGUUCUGAAAGUAGGUCUUAAACAUGUCAAUCAUAUAAAAGUUUGGAUUUAAUUCAGAGUCGUGCGUAGUUAUUAUGGACAUGACUCGUAUCUCUGUUUUUGUCAGUAAAACAAUGAAAAAGAUCUAAACUAGUUAGUGUCUAAUUAAUUAAAUUCCACAUUUGUCACCAGUGUAACAAAUGGUAAGCUUUCUAACUAGUCUUUAACUAAUUUAAAUCGCUAUCACCAAUAAACUUUUAGUGGUAGGGCAGCACUGUCACCAGCCCCAGGGUCAUUGAGUCCUGAGAGAACGUCACCUGUGGCAAAAAUAAAACAAAGGGAAAAAUAAAAAAAAACAUGUUUGAGCGGUUAUGGCAACUGGUUAAAAACUGAUAGUCUUAUGAGUAGGAAUGCCGGUGCUUUAUAAAUCCCGUAGUAUUUUCAUGACUAGUUUUGGAAUUACGUGAGUGAAUAUAAAUAGAUCAGAUUUAAUUAGGACUGUGGGCCAUGUGGCCUCCACUACCUUAACUUUUUCUGAUCUACUGUGGAUAUCCUUUAAUCGUUAUUUAGACUUCUUUGACUUUGACUAGUUCGGUCUUUUGUAGUAUACUAGGAAGUAGUUCUCCGGCGUAGCUGGUUGCUUUUAAUUUUUCUUCUCCAAGUGUGAGGAAUCUCAGUCUUGAUAGACCUUCGCAGUAGCACAGUACGGGUACUGCAGAUUUCUUCUAUUCCUAACAGAAUAGGCCUACCAGUACUCUAGUAUUUUUCCUAUUAUGGUUUAGUAGAUGUUAGGUGAGUUUGGCCUGUAUCUGUGCUGCUGAAUUUUUCCUCCAUUCCUGAGAUUAAAGAUGCAAUUAUGUGUGUACGUGUGUAGGCAAUCUAACGACAAAGGAAAUUAAUAAGUAUAUAAAAAAACUGCAAAAAAUAAUAGUGCCGAGAUAAACAAUUUUACAAACAUUCCCUACGAUUUAAUGCUGUUUUUGAUAUGUCCAAACCUUUUUUGAUAACAACUUAAACGAUAAUUCGAUCUGUUCUAAGACACAAGUUAGAACGGACUUCCCAUGGGAUUUAUAUAAUAUUAUUUUGGUCAUUAUUAACAAUUUAUUGUACUAAAAAAGAAAAUAAUCCUAAACUCUAAUGCGACGAAGAGGUAAAGUAAAUAAAAACAAGAAUGACUUUCUCCUUAGUAAGCAAAAUUAAAGUUAAAGUGUUGGAAAUUAUUUCCUCUCUUCUGUCUUUCCUUUGGAUAUAAUUCAAUGCCUGUUGCAGUAUUAGCCAAAGGAGUAGUUGUUUUCCGAUGGGAAACGGUCCGCUCAUAUUACUGUGUGACAUGGCUUGGCGAAUUUCUUGUUUUCUUUUAAUUAUUAUAUCACACAUUCUUAAAAUAUAUAAUUAUUGCAUACAAAACCAAUUCUGUCCUCAUGAAUGGAAAAAGGGUGUAAUCAUUACUAUACCAAAAUCCGGAGAAUAUAUUUCAAAACAUCAAUUUGGUUUCAAAAGCCAGUGUUCACCUAUUCAUUCUCUUAUAAUUUUAACAUCAAAUGCACAAACAUUCUAUCUAAAAAGAAAAUCAUCGGCUGCAAUUUUUAUGGACAUAAAUAAAGCGUUUGAUAGUGUGUUGCACACAAACUAUUUUCAGUGAAUUGCCCAAUCUACCUAAUUAACAUUAUGAACCAAUUCUUAACAAAUCAUCAUUUAUGUGUUAAACACAAUAAUAUCUCAUGAUAUUUCUCAAUGUAGCAGGGAGUUCCACUGUCAUUGUCACUAUUUUUAUAUAACUUUUUCUGCCACGAUAUAUCUCAUAAUCUUCCCCUUUGACCAUAUUUUGUCCAAAUACACACUUCAGUUUGCUGACAACACUGCCCUUAUAGCUCACAAUACAUCUCUAAACAAUAACAUCAGCGAACUCGAAAGUUUAUCUAAUAGCAUAAAUAAACGAAAAAAAGUUCAUUUAAUUUUUCCCCGUUGAAAGGAAAGAACGCUAACCCCAGGACCAUAUAUUCUUUUAUUUUCAUUGCUUUAUUACUCGUAAUUAAAUUGACUUCUUACAGUUUUAUUUAAAUUAUUUAUAAUUAUAGACGAAAUAAAAACAGAAAUGCUAUUAUUUAUCGAUUCCACACAAGAAUAAUCCAUUUUAAUGUAUGUUUAAUCUUGUUUGACAGAAUUGUCACUUAUUUAAAAUUUUAAAAAUAAUAGCAGUCUGUUGAUCAAAAUAUGAACGGUGAUUGGUGGAUUUCAUUUUUUUGCAGUGUUCUCACUACCUAGAAUGGAUAUGAAAUAUAUUCGUUCAGUUGAAGGUAAUAGCAUACUUUUUAGUUUUGUAAUCUGUGCGUAGAUAAGCUAAUAUCCAUGUGGGUGUAGAAAAAAUAUAUAUCACUAUAGGGUCACGUGUUCAACAAUGAAUCACUCAAAAUUUAAAAUCGCAUAGACCAGUCAAAUUUUAACCAAGAAAUCGGAAACUGUACCAUUAUCAGCCACACAUAUUUGUAAUCUAUUACACAUUGGUUUAGAGUGAAGAUAAAAGUUUUUUAGUUAUAAAUUUAAAAAAAGGGUAUUUGGUUCAUUGUGUCCCAAGGGUGGUACACAAUGAACUAGUUUUGUGUACACAAUGAACCGAGAGACUAUUUAAUAAUGUAUCUACUUUUACUUGGUUUAAAGAAACUACAGUAUAAUUUCAAAUUUUUAUUGUUUAAAAGCAAAAACCAUAUAAAGAAUGGUACAACGAACAAUAAUUAUUAUUAUUAUACUUCUUAUCUCAUAUUUAACAAAGAAUGCAAAAAACGCAAAAUAUCCUUGUUGUCGUUUUGUGUUUCCACGUAGUUUUGGUUUCGGCAAAAUAUACUUCACAUAUUUCUUGUUGACAGAAGCUGUAUCAGGAACAUUGGGAAUAACAAACUGCUCACUGUCUUUAGAUUUAAUCCUUAAAAAUGUUAUGCAGUAUUCCCCAUCUUGUUCUACCUUUAUUAUUUUUCCCACAAAAUAUACCGUUGAUUUUGCAGGACAUAAUCUUUUACAUUAGGGUUAGUACUUUGGGUACAAAACAAAUUUGGAUUUAAAAUAGGAAGAUCUUGUUCACUAUCACUGUCACUCUCAAGGGAAAUAUCUACUUCAUCAUCGUCUGAAUCUUCUUUAUCGUCAUUAAAAAAUUACACUCUUCUUAGUUUGUGUAUUUUCAUUCGUUUUCUUUCUUUUAGCUUCCAGUCUUUCUUGUUCAAUAAGGUUGUUUUCGGGUGUAUCAGUGGCAAUAGUACAUUUGUACCUUUUCUGUUCUUUCUAUUAUUUUGACGUGGUUGGGCUUUCAGUGGAGGCAUAAAUUGUUGUGGUGGUAUAAGUGAUGGUCCUGCUCGACUUUCUUUAUGUUCAGUGUUUUCUAGUGGACUUUCAUUAGCUGCAGAACUAUCAUUUUCAUUUUGAAUUGUGAUUUCUUCGUUAUUAUCACCUGAUUGAAGGUCUCUUGUAAUAUUUUUUUUGUGUCAUCGGCUUCAACUGCUAAGGUUAUUUCGCCUCGUGUUCUGUGUAGGCUUUGUUACUGUUUCCCAGCGCCACUUUGGGAACAGCACUGUUAAUUAGAACCCAAUGGUCGAGUGGGGAAUCCUACUCUUUGUAAUAUUAGAACUUUCUUCAUUUGGGCAUGGUCUGUUGGUUACCUCACUUGACAAAAAAUCGUCGUAUGUAAAGAUAUCCCAGUCAAAGGGAUAUAUACCGCAUUUUUUAAAAGCAUGUGCUGUAUUUGUAGGAGUCAUGGAACGGCUAUAUGCUAUUCCAAUGCAUUCAGCUAGGUCGUAAAUAGUUAUUGGCCUACCUGGAUUUCUUAAAAGCCACGACUCUAUGGCAGUAUUUUAAUAGGCCUUAAAUGGCGCAUAUAUACCAACGUCAAGUGGCUGCAACUUAGCCGAUGUGUGUGGAUGCAAAGUGACAAUAUUAACCCCACGAAUUUUGCCAAAUCUAAGGCUUCGAUGGAUAAAUGAGACUCAUGGUUAUUGAAUAAUAAAAUUGAUGGAUUCUCAGGAGAGCUUCUGCUAUGUUUAAUGAAAUGGCUCAUUACGUCAACAAAUAGUUCGGAAUUCAUCCAUCCUGUUGGAGUAGCAAGGCCUAGAGACCCAGCGGGGCCGCCAAACAUGAAAUCUUUGUAAUUUUUCCGUGAAAAAAUGGUUCCACCAGCACAUAUAAAACAGCAUGUUGUUACUAGCGUCCCUUUCUCACCGCUGGUGACUUUACCCAAACAUUUUUUCCCUUUUGGUGCCAAUAUUUUUUGAGCUUUUUGCACCUUUGUGAUUGCGGUUUCAUCCAAGUUAAAAAUUCUUGUGCCAUCACCAAAUGCCGAAUUCUGAUUUAUAACGGCAUAUAAGUUGUCAAAAAAGCGGUUAACGCUGUUGCACGUGCAAGGCUGCAUGGCUCUGGUUUUCUCAGUGGCAGAUCUGUGUGUCUGUUCCUAAAACCCCGGAGCCAUUCUCUGCCAGCGGUUUGUGUUUAAUCCUCGGAUUUACCCCUCGAUUGCCUCCAAGUGACAAUAUAAUUCAACAGUUUCUAAAAAUAUUUACUUUACGGUAUGUCGCUUUGUCUGUGAAUAUUUUUUACUAAAAAUUUAUAUUUUACAGAUUAAACGUAUAGUAUUACGAAAAUUAACCACAUUUGUAAUCCAAUUUUAACAAUAAGAACGACGACAUCCAGAUAUAUACAACAUGGUGACCCAUUAGUGCGUGGAAGUUCAAUAUCUCGGUUGUUUUUAAAAACACGAGAAAAUGUUGAAUACAAAAGUUUUACGGUUCGCAGAGUCUUUCCAAUAUACAGGGUGCUCCGAAAAAACAAGGCAAUAUAAAAAUUAUUUUUUUCAAUUAGAAACCCUUUAAAUUUAAUUUUUCUUUUAAAUUCUAAUAAAACUAAGCAUUUUUGUCUAAAACACCGUAUGUCUAAAUUCAAUUGUUUUUGCUUUUGACAUUCGAAAAUUGGCCUUUUCACACUUUGACAAGCUGUAAAACUUUUAUAUUUGACAUUUUUUCGAAUUUUCAAUAACAACCGAGAUAUUGAACUUCCACACACUAAUGGGCACUAUCCAAUAUUGAGAGAAACUCUGACUGUCAUUUUUAAUUUUUGAUAUUAUGUUAUAUAUGUGUAUCUUUAACCAAAACAGUCGAAAGCAUGAAUCACCUUAUAAGUAACAAUAUUUUAAUUUUGAUUAUUAGGUAUGUGUAUGGGCUACAUAUUAGAUUAGUUAAGAAAAAAUAUUGAAGAUAAACUUUUUGGCGUCAUUUUUAAAGAAUUCUAGGUUUUUAACUUCAACGUCCUUGUAUGUCAAAAUCUAGCCAUAGUCUAUGGAGACUUUUAAUCAGAAAAUGAAGUACUGCAACACAUAAAAAAAUUAGAUAAUUUGACGGUAUUCCCUUUGCAUAAGAAGAGUGCGUUUAGAGAUAACGUGCAGUGUUUCCGCCUGUUUUUUGAUAGUGACUAGAUUCGAGUAUUUUUUAAUAACUGGUUAGAUUAGAGUCCUUAAGGUUUCGUUAGUGUGCAGAUAAAUUACAAAAGAGGUAUUUAGUUACUUUUUUUUUUCAAAACAUAUCAGCUGGACGCACAGUGUUUCAAACAAUACAAGCCAGAUGGACAAAAUUAUUUAGUUAAAAUUUCUAACUAAUGUUAUUAACAUUUUAUAAUCAAAAUAUAAUUAAGGCAUGUUUAAAGUGUGUCCAAUUAAGUCGGCAUCAUAUGGGAAAUUUUUUAUUAUUUACAAACAAAAAUUAAUCUUAAAAUGCAAUCAUCAGAUAUUAAAUUUUUUAAGCCGUAUAAUUUUUUAUGCCGUAUACGAGGUGCGUUAAAUAAUAUAAAUUUUGCUUGAGAGUAAAGUACCUUUAUUUUUGACAAACCUCAUACACGACUGAUAAAAUUUGGUAUCAGAUGGUUGAAUUUUGGGUUUUAGGUCACGAAGAAUUUUUAUUAAUAAUUUUAGGAAAAAGUUAUUUUUUAUAAAAAGAUGUGCAUGGUCUAAAAUACAAAUAUAUCAAAUUUUAUCAGUCGUAUACAAGGUUUGUCAAAAAUAAAGGUACUUUACUCUUAAUAAAAAUUUAUAUUUUUCGACGAUGAAAAAAGUUUCCCAUAUGGUGCCGACUUUUUUUUUAAUUGUUGCUGGAAGGUGGAAGGUAAUCAUUUUCAGAAAAACUAGAAAAUUCACUGACCAAAUUCCUGUUUUGGAAAAUGAUUUUACAAUAUUUAUUGGAGUGAAUGAUAACAAGUCUGGUUCGUAAGAAAGUUGAGGAAUAUGGUUUACUUUAAUCGUUGUCCCAGGUUUGGAGCUCAAAAAGUCGUUAAAUGAUGACUUGCACCUUGAUUUAAAAUACCCAUAUAUUCCUACAUCCAAGAGUUGCAUCUGGUGAGUACAAUGAGGGGGGAACGAAAGUUGUUUAAUGCCAUUUUCUCUACAAUACAAAAUAACUGCAAGGCUAACCAUAAGUCUCAUAAUUAUCUACUAUCGGUAAUAUUGGGUUAUCAAUACUACACUCUUUAUGCUUCUUAAUAUGUUCCAACACAUUUACAUAAACCUCUGCAGUCCACCCAAUCUUUGAUCUAAAACACACGGACUCAUCCUUCAUUCGUACCCGUGGAAAGGUAUAAACAGCAUGCAACGAAAUUUGCAAUGGUGCUAUAAUUCCCAAGAAUGUUACUAGGGUGCCACUUUCUCCAGAAGAGACCUGUUCAACCUGUUUCUUUUCACUUUGUUCAAUUACUUUUGGGGCUUGUAAAACAGUUGUUAUUCCAGUUUCAUCACAGUUCAGGAUUCGGUCUGGCGUAUACUUGUAUUUUUCCAUUACUUUUCUAUAAUUGUCAAAAAAUGGUUUAACGUUAGUUGGAUUAAAAGCGCUAGCUCUUGCCGGUAUUUUCCGAUUUUCGUUUGCAUAAAACCACCCAUCCAAUCUUUACCGGCCAUUUUGUUGUUAUCCUAGGAUGAUGGAUAUUUCUUUUUAAGUUUGACUGCGCAUUCGUAUGCUAAAAUAUGAGCGUUCUUGUAUGUUAACCCAAUAUGCCGAUUGGAAGUCUGAAUUAAAUAAUCUUUUACUUUACUUUCUUCUUGAGAGUUGAACACACUUCUUGCUGCAUAUUUACUAGAUCUUUAAUCUUGAUCUUCCUCUCCACUAUCAUUUCCAGAAUCACUAUUUUGUUUUUUUACAAAAUAUAUUUAAACGAUCGUGGAUUGUCGACUUUUUAAUAUUGUGUACUGAAGAAGCCUGUCUAACAGAUAUUCCAUUAUCAACUACAUCAGAUAUUGCACCUCGUAUGGCAUCUUCUGAAAUAUUGACUCUCAGUUUUCUUUUUGUACUGUGGUGUACUGUGAAUAGUUACGUUUUCUUAGAGUAUCUCUGUGGUGAAUCUAGCCCUAUGUUUCUUUUCUGUAUUGUUUUCUCUUCUGUGCUCCAGGCUAUAGUCCCGUAAGUAAUCAUUGGUCUCAUAUUGCAGUAUACAUCCAUCGCAGUGUGUUUGGGUUAUAUCCCCAUCUUUUACCCGCAAUGUUUCUACAUACCAUUAGGGCUUUUGUUGCCUUAUUUACUACUACCUACUCAUUUAUGUUCCAGAGAAGUUUGUUGUCCAGGGUUAGGCCUAGAUAUUUAACUUAAUUUUUCCAUUAUAUAUCUAUCCCGUCUAAUUUGACGGUUUUGAGAUUGUUUUCUUAGUAAAAACUAUUUUUAUUUAAAAUGUCUGUAAAACAAAACAAAUCGGCAUUUGCGGAUGUAUAAUUGACACUCAGGGUAAAAAAACAACAAAUUUUUGUGAUUUUAGUAGGAAGUAGGAUUUGCGCAUGAGUAAUAGAGACCAUCAAUAAGGAGAUGGGUCUAUUGCCUAAAGGUGAUAGUAAAAAUUAGUUAUUUUUUAGAUCGAUUUAUAUUAGAAUUUGGAUAUUUUAGGUAAUCAUGUUCACUAGUUUAUACUUUGACUAACAUGCACUGUACAUCCAUACAUUGUUUAGUGAAUGUAUACUAGAAUUCACGCUUUAGCUGUAAAAUAUGUCUUUGGGUUUCUCUUUUCUCUGUGUCUAAGGUUAAGGGGGUGGGUUGCUCCACAUUACUUAGCACAUUGUGCAUCUUCUAGGGACAUACAGGACCUGCCUCUGAACUUGUCAGAAACUUACUGGUCGCUGAGAGGUAUCUAGAAAUAGCCAGCUUCCCAGCUCAUCAAAGUCCUGAAGGUUAGCAACUCGUCAGAAACCUACUGAUUGUCUCUCAGGUCAAAGACUUGCAGGUUAAUAACGUCGCCUUCAUUUAUUGGUGGGCAUCUCCACCCCGAUGAUAAAUGCCCGGGUGGAGCUAUUCUCUCCGCCCGCUCCACAGGGUACUUCUCUUUGAUAUAAUACCACAAUUAUUUAUAGACUGGUUUCAAUAAUUUGUUGUAUUAACCUUUUUGUGAUUUACUAGGCAAGAUGUGUAAAAGCUUUUCACACCAGAAUUCUUUAACAUAAAAAGUUUGUGUUCUUUUAAUAUAUUUCACAAUAAUUUGAUUGAUGCAAACAUACAUUAUAAAUAUCCAUAUAUUAAUAAUUUAUCUAUAGAAUCUGCGCAUUGUCAAAAUACGGGUGUUAAAAUACUAUCUUGGUUAAGUGUCAAGAUGAUAUUUAGCUGUUUUAUAAGGAGGAAAACUUUUAACAGGAAAUACUAAGUAGUAAUCAAUUCGAAUCUCUUUUAUUGUACAUGAAUAAAAACUGCGAUAAAGAGAUUUUUCUUGUGGAUAUAUUUUGUAUCCCAAAAAAUAACAAAAAAAAACAUAUUGCCUUACAGUUAUAAUAUGUUAUAUUCUAUCAAAUAUAUAUUGGGCUGUGCUGGCUUUCUUAAAAUGUUUCUUGUGAAUAUAUUUUUUUUUUUAUAUAUAUAUAUACCAGUUAUGUUGAUUAUUUCGAGUUGUUAGUAUCGGAUAGGUGUUGAUUUUGAAUAGAGUAAAUAACUGAUAUAAAAGUUUUUAUAAGAUAUAGUGAACAAUAAAGAUAUUUUUUUUAUAAUUGAAAUAUUUUCGCUAAUUUAUUUUAUCAGUUAAAUUUUUUAUCGGAAAAUUGUUUUUAGUCUCAAGCGUCGCCACUAACAUGCACCACGUUAGUCUGGUAGCUUAAAUGUAUUUAAAUUUUUAUGUUAUUUUUUGACAGUGCAAAAUUCCGUUUUUAUUGGAAGCUCUUUUCAAAUUGAACACCUUUUGUGUAUAUGUACGUAGUCGUUUUAUUUGGCAAUAGGUUUCAUGAAAAUAUACUUAAUGAAUAGUUUUUUAUUAUAUAUAUUUAUAUUAUAUGAAGUUCUUGUACCUAUAUAAAAAAUAUUAAAAUUGAAAAAUAUUUUGUACAGUUUGUGAAUAGGAAAGAAUCUAAACAGUGUACUAUAUUUUUUGGUAACAUAGUUACUUAUUGUUUUAUUAUUUGUUAUGAAUUUAUUUAUUUUUAUGGAUAAACUUUGUAGUAGGUUAAAAGUUAUUAAAAGCAUACUUAUAGAUUUAGGGUAUUUGUUUUUUAUCACAUAUUUCACUUUUUUGUAUAGCACUGUGAUUAGUUUUCAAAAAUGUGUCGCAUUAACCUUAUUAUCUAUGACAUAAUAUGUAUAUUUUAGUUUGUGAAAAAAGUGGACAUUAAAAAGAAUAUUAGUUUUUAUAA